AAGUUUUAAAGAUAUCCGGCUUAAAAAAGUAUUUCAAAAGACUUCAGUGUCCAAACUAUAACUUCCAAACUAAUUUUACAAAAUGACUAAAACUCAUAUUAACUUUGUGUCUUAUAAACAUAACUUUAAAUGUCACGUUCUGCUACUAUGUGACAUUUUAAAAAGAAAAAAAAAAAAAAACCUUCCACAGUCAUUGUAGUGGUUUUGUCCCACGCCUCCGUCAGGGAAGCGGCCGGGCGCUAGGACCCGGGGCCGCCCUCCUCCAUGCAGCAGCAGGAGUCUGCCGCUCCAAGAGGAGGACCAGAAAUCUGCAGCUCUCCCAGAAUGAAGAGAUCAAAAAUGAUGCUGCUGCUGCCUCCAAACAGGGAUUAAACAAUCCGCCGCCAGUCUGGGGUAAAUCCUUCGCGUCGUCUCUCUUCUGUCUUUAUGUGCAGAUAUUUUCCAAACGGCUCGUGCAGACAUCCGGGAAGGUUAGGGGGUUUUUAUUCUGCAUUUGCUGCAGCAGAGCGAGCCGCUGACAGAUGCUCGCAGUGACUUUCUGUGAGAACUGCAGCGGAUGCAGCGCAGGCCUUUGAUGCGAUCCGUUGUUUUUGUUUCUCACCCUCUGCCGCUCUAGUCUGGAUCUGGUUCUGGGCGCCUCCUCCCCUUCGUCCUCCUCUUCCUCUUCCUCCGGUGCCGGGUGGGUGAAACGCGGAUUUAGGGGGUGGGGGUGGUGGGGGGUGAAACGGGAAGACAUGCCGUCGCUGAGCAUCCACUGACUUGCCCAUCAUGAUGAAGACCGAAUCCACAUCAUCAUCGUCCGCCUCCAAGAGCACCACGCUCCGGAGCCCAUCCCCGCACAGGAACGCCUACGAGGCGGGGAUGCAGGCCCUGAAGCCCGUCAAAGACWGCGCGGCCAACGGGGACGUGCAGGAGGGUCCCCGGGGGCGCAGGUACGGCUCCAACGUGCACCGCAUCAAGAACAUGUUCCAGCAGAUGCAGACCCCCGCCGCGGGCGACGCGGAGGGAGGGGAGGACGCCGGCGCGAAGGGCGCGGAGAGAUCCGUGCGCCUGUCCCUGCCCAGAGCCGGCAGCCUGAACGAGAACGUGGACCACAGCGCGCUCCUGAAGCUCGGCUCCACCGUGUCCGAGCGCGUCAGCAAGUUCGACCCCAAGUCCGAGAACGGGCACCAGCGGGCCUCCUCGCCCAGCUACUCCAAGCUGCAGGAGACCCGCCGCAUCUUCGAGCAGCAGCAGCAGCAGGAGAAGCUGGCCACCACCAGGGUCCUCCUGAAGACCGAGAAGGUCCCGGGCUUCCAGGAUGGCAGGCUGGACAUGGUGUCCCGCUUCAACGGCAGCACUGAGUCCCUGGACAGCCUGGACACCAGUGAAGCSGUGUCCCCCACGGUCAGCCAGCUCAGCGCCGUGUUCGAGAGGGCCGCCGAGCUCCGCAACAACCUCCAUCGCCUCUCCUCGACACCUCCUCUCCCSUCCAGGGGGGUCAGCACCAAGGUGGGGGUGUUGAACUCAAAGAUCAUCACCAAGAGGGUCAGCGCUUUCGCGUCGAGCAACCAAGAGGAGGAGAUGAGCAAUCAGAAGGGCCAGGAGACGCCUCCGAGGGGCCACAGGGGACGGGUGAACCCCCCAUCUGAGGGCAUCAAUGGGGGUCAGGGUGUUGACCCGAACGCCGGACUCUCAGGUCACGAAGACGAGCCGAACGACCACAGAAGAAAAACUGUCUCGGACGCUGGCGUUGAGGCCAAAACAGGAGCGAGCGCUGAGGAGCAYUCGGGGGCCAAGGAGCCCAGCAGUUCAACAGAGAACCUGGAGGACAGAGAACCUGCUYCCGAGWCCCGAAGCUCUCCAAAAACCGAGGAGARGCUCAGGCAGGAGGGAGAUGCUGCUGAGGAGGAGGAGGAGGACAGGACUCUGGACACGUCUGUGGACAUCAGCACCUACAGCGCGGCGGGGGACGACUACGGAGACAACCAGAAGCUGGAGGAGGACUACGAGGAGCAGUACGAGCCCGAGUCCAGCUGCGUGGAGAUUCCUGGGCUGGCUGUGGAAGAGGAGCCCCCUCCUGCGAGGAAGAUCCGCUUCAGCACAGAGCCCAUCAAGGUGUUUGCCACCUACCCCAACGAGGACUACGAUAGGCGCAAUGAAGACGUGGACCCCAUGGCAGCGUCGGCGGAGUAUGAGCUGGAGAAGAGGGUGGAGAGGCUGGAACUGUUCCCCGUGGAGCUGGAGAAAGACGGCGACGGUCUGGGCAUCAGCAUCAUUGGGAUGGGCGCGGGGGCCGACAUGGGGCUGGAGAAGCUGGGCAUCUUCGUGAAGACGGUGACCGACGGAGGAGCGGCUCACAGAGACGGCAGGAUCCAGGUGAACGAUCUGAUUGUGGAGGUGGACGGCACCAGUUUGGUGGGAGUCACCCAGAGCUUCGCUGCCUCCGUACUCAGGAACACCUCAGGGACUGUCAAGUUCGUGAUUGGCCGGGAGAAGCCGGGCGAGCAGAGCGAAGUGGCCCAGCUCAUCCAGCAGACGCUGGAGCAGGAGCGCUGGCAGCGAGAGAUGAUGGAGCAGCGCUACAACCAGUACAUGGACGAACAGGAG